AUGGAUAAACUAAAGAAGGCACAAAAGGACGAAUUUGCCGUUUCGUUCGCCAUUUUGGCUCUCUAUGACGGAUCUGCUGAAGUCACCGGUGAACAAAUCAACACCUUGUUGGAAGCAACCGGAAACACUGAAGUUGCUCCUUACUACCCAAUUAUCUUUUCCAACUUCUUGAAUACCCCCGAGAAGAUCGCUGAAAUGAUCGCAUCUCCAGGAGCCGGAGGUGGCGGCGGCGGCGGCGGUGGUGCCGGUGGCGAUGCUGGAGGCGAAGCUGCAGAGGAAGUAAAGGAAGAGGAAGCUGAAGAGGAAGAAGCCGAAAUCGGUGGAGGUAUGGAUAUGUUUGGAGCCGACGGUGGUGACGGUGGUGAUUAUUAA